AUGUCAAACGAUAAUACUGAAUAUUUCAGUAUUUUGACAAGUAAAAGACCAUAUGAAGCAACUGAAGCUAUCAGGAUUAGAUUAUCUCAAGCAAAAUUAAUUAAUAAAGAUUUUUAUCAAUUGUUUAAGGAUGUCUCAGAUUUAAAGAAAAACUAUGUUAAUCAAUUAAAUAAGAUAAUUGCUAAAAAUGAUAAUCUUGAGAAAGUGUUAUCCUCUCAAAUGCUUUCGAAUGGUGUCUUAACCCCUGAAGAGAUGGAACAAUUUAAUUUUAAUUCUUUAGGUGAAUUACAACCUGUUUGGAACGCAUUAAUGGAUGAAUUUAAGAGAGAAUUGAGAUUAUCAAAAGAUAUGCAAGCUAGUGUUGAUUCUAGAGUCAUUAAACAUUUGAAAGAUUCUAUUGAAAAUAAUCAAAACUGGGAAGAAACUAAAAGAAUUCAUUCACAUUUAACUCAAGUAGCUGCAUCGAUUGAACAAUCAAAUGGUGAUAAUACAAGAUUAACACAAGCACAAUCACAAUGGGAAACCGAAUCACCACAAUUAGUUGAAUUAUUUGAAUCUUUAGAUAAAAAAAGAUUACAAGCAAUCAAGGACUCUUUACUAACUUAUCAAACUAGUUACAGUGAUUAUUUGACACAAGCAACUUCUCAAAGUGAAAGAUCAAUGCAAAAAUUUUUAGAAUUUGAACCAACGAAUGAAAUACAUCGUUUUGUAACUGAUGCUAAUAAUUAUAAUUUCCAAUUAGUUAAUACUAAUUCUACAACUCAAAGACAAUCACAAAAUGAGAUUCCUCAAAAUCAAGACACUAGACAUAAUAAAGAGAAAAGAAAGAGUACUUUUGGUAAUAUUGGUCAACGUUUUACUUCUUCUUCAUCAACUAUUUUACAUCAUGAUUUAAUGAAUAAUGAAUUUUCAAACUCAACAAAUAAUGUUUCUUUGAAAAAUAAAAAAUCGUCAAAUACCCUAAGAUCAAAAGUGGGUUCCAUUUUUGGUUUGAAAAAUAGAAAAUCUUCUCAUUUUGGUAAACAUAAUACUUCGGUCCCAGAGACUCCAGCUCUUCCAACUCAACAACAAACUACAAGUAGACCUGCAACAACUUCUCCAGAACGUUCAAGAUCUGAUUUUAGACAGAGGGGCUCUCAGAACUCUUAUAGUAGACCAAGAAAAGAAAGUGCAGUCUCAGAGGUUUCAAAACAACCAGAACCAACUCCAGCUAGUCCAAGUAGAUAUGAUAAUAACAGCAAUACCGAUAAAUAUGUUCCAACUAAUAGUACAAAUCCAUCCAUGUCAGUCUCUCAGGCUCCACUUCAACCUGUUCAAAAAUCAAGACAAUAUUCAAAUGACACUGAACAGAAACCAUUACCUGCAGAACCUCAAUUUCAACAGCAAGAACAUAUCAUUAAUAAUGAUGCGAUGGUAGCAAAUGAAGCUAGUAGACCAAUUCAUAUACAAGCUCCAGCCUUGCCUCCAUCAAGAAAACAGACGAUAUCUAGAGAUAAUGAUGUUUUUAACGAUAGUCAAAACAUCAUAACCACGAUUCCAGAACAACCUAUGACCCAAACCAACCAAUCAACAGGACAUUCCAUGCCAAUGAUUCCAACUCAAAUUACUGGUGAAUUGAAGGAACUAAAUCCACAAUCCACUGGUACCUCAAAUGUUAUCCGUGGUCAGUCUUUGUUCCAGCAUGACCAAACAGAUACAUCUAUUUCGUUUGGCUUGAAUGCAAGUGUCGCAGAGGUUAUCAAUGCUACAUUCAAGGAAGGUAUUAUUCAGCAAUCUCAACUAAUUGGUGAGAUUGCCUUGAAUUAUAUUCCAAAUACAGUGAUGAAUACUUCAUUACCAAUAGGUAUCAAUCUAAAGAUUAGUAACAGUAGUAAAUUUGAUAGCAUCAUUUUAAAUCAAGCCUUCGUCGAACAGGUUGAAAACGAAGUCUUCAAAUUAAACCCUCAAUUUAUCGACUCUAGAAUAUUAGGUGCAAUUAAGUAUUCUGUUAAAGAACCUUUGGCCCCUGUGGUGAUCCAACCAGCAUGGAAAUUCGAAGAAAACCAGGCAAGUGUUGUUCUGACUGUUAAGAUGGCCUCUUUCUUACCAGAACGUAUCCAACAAUUGGUCUUAGACGAUGUUUCUGUUUUUGUUCCUAUUGAUGGUGCUAACGCUACUAGUGCUCUAUCAAAACCUCAAGGUUCCUUCAGUAAGGAAAAGAGAAGAAUUACAUGGAGAUUCAAAGAACCACUUGUUCUAACAAGAAACGGUGAAGGCAAGAGACUGAUAGCCAGAUUUAUUACCGAUCGUAUGGCUAAGGAGUCAGAAAAGGGUAUUUCAAUUAAAUUUACCAUUCGUAAACAACAGGAUGUGAACGCUAGUGACAUUAGUUUAGUAAGUGGGUUAUCCUUAAAUGCCCAAGAAUUUGAUGAGAAUGAUCCAUUUGGUGGUGAAUGGAACCCUGUCCAUAGCUCAACUACUUUGAGUGCUGGUAAUUAUAGUGGGUUAUCAUAA